CCUCGUUCAGUCAUAAUAAAUUAAUUAUUCAUUUAUUACCACCACCCCCACCCCUUUCAGUUUGUCAAAACCCCUUCUGUAAUAAACUACCAACCUUAAUAAUCUCUGCCCGAAUCUUCAAAAUCCAAAAAAAAUCCCAUCAAAGUUGAAAUCUUUGCCACUUUUGAUCUGGGUUCUUGGAGAUAUUUGCAGCUGACAAAAAAAAUUCCCUUUUUUCGAUUUGGAUGUUGGUUUAAUUGAAGUGGGGUGUUUCUUGAUUUCUCAAUCACCGGUCAAAUGAUGUUUUUUUUUCUAGGUUCUUGAUCUGGGAUCUUUAUGUAUAUAUGGUCUUACUUACUGAAUUUUUAAGGUGACUUUUUCGAAGUUUUUUUCGUGGUUUUGAUUUGUGGGGUUUUUCAAGAAUUGUGAGGUGUUAUAAUUUAUAAAUAAGUCGAUAUAUACGAAUAUCGAGAAUUGUUGGAUAUGGCUACGGAUGAAUUGGUUGAGCUGAAAUUCAGGCUUGCAGAUGGUAGUGAUAUUGGACCAAGCAAGUAUAAUUCUAGUGCAACUGUUUCUUCUCUUAAGGAAAAAAUUAUUGCACAAUGGCCCAAAGAGAAAGAAAAUGGGCCUAAAUCGAUAAACGAUAUAAAAUUGAUAAAUGCUGGAAGGAUUCUUGAAAAUAACAAAACAGUGGCUGAAUCGAGACUCCCUCUCAGUGAAAUUCCUGGAGGUGUUAUCACAAUGCUUGUCGUUGUUCGUCCUCCGGUUCCCGACAAAAAUAGCGAUAAAUUGCAGGAUAAUUCCAAGACGAAAGGGGGAUGCUGUUGCUCCAUCUUAUAGCAUAUUCCGACAGUAAUCUACUGCUUCGAAAAAAUUCUUUUUUUUUUUUCUUUUUCUGCUUCGCCGUAUGUUAGCAAUGCACGUGGUGGAUUGCAUAUACAAGAUUCAUUGUUUUGUUCUUGUGGGGUGAUAUGAUUGUGGAUGAAUUCAUCGAAAGUCAAAAUCGAGAAGAGCGUUCGAUGUCCAAAUCAAGGAGCAAAGAACGAGAAGAAAAAAAAAUCGAAUGGAUAGUGCUGCGCAUGUGAAGGAAUCCCGUUUGUUUUUACAGUAAUUAUGUGUGUGAAUCUUUUAAGGUGUAUUGUUGUGUAUGUAUAAUGUUUGUAUGAUGAAAUUUGGUGUAAGUUUGUUUACAUUACAUACAGAUUGGAAAUCUUUUAAUGCAUUCAUUCUAGUGA